CUACCCGUCUCUCUCUCUCUACCCGUCUCUCUCUCUACCCGUCUCUCAGCCCUCCUUUGAGCGUCUGGUAAAGAGGAAGUGGUUGAGUAACACGGAGCCGUUUGAUCAGAUUGAAUCUCUCAUCAAAGAAUAUUUCAAGAAGUAUCACAGGAUGGACAGUCCUCCGUACCAGCUGCUGGUGGCCGAGGUCCACCGUCGGGUGGUGAUGGAGUACCUCCGCUCCGUCAUGAGAGGAAGAAUCAUCUGCACCUCCAUGAAGAUGAGGAAGAGGAUGGCCGGGCGGCUCAGAGACGAAGGCAAACAGAUCAAAGUCCUCUUCAAAGACCUGGAGUCUCCAUCCAGCUGGUUGGACGGCGCUCUAUCUCACAUCUCAGAGAUCAUCCAGCUGGAGGACGUCCCCUCAAUCCAGAUGGAGGUCGGAGUUCUGGUCCGAGAGUUUCCUGACAUCAGGAAAAAGCACGUGUCGGCCAUUUUGAACAUUCGGGGGACGACUCGGCAGGCGGAGCGACAGGAGAUCCUGAACAUCGUCAAAGACAUCGAGAGCUGCGACGCCGGCAGCGUUGGUGGAGGUGGAGUCAGCUCGGCCCGGCUGACCCGGGACCGAGCCCUCUUCUCCGAGGUGCCGGUCACCUCCGAGGUCCACUGCCUGAACGUGGGUCUGAGCCGCAUCGCCCUCACCGCCUCGUCGUGCUUCUCCUCGCUGAGACCACGACCACGAAAAACCAGAACGCCCGUCCAGGAAAACCCCGACGACGUCCUCUGAACAGAGUUUAUUAAUCGUGAUUAUUAAUCUGUGUAAAUGUCUCUGAAUGCACCAAAGUGUCUUUUCUCUGGAGACGUUUGUCCAAACCGAGACGAAUAUCAGAUCAAACUUUUACACUUUUAUCUCUCUGAGAGGACAGAAGACGGGAUUAUUAGUCACAUAAUUAUAAUCAUAGACGCAUCAAAUCAAUUCUCUUCAUUGAAACACGACUUAUUGAUUUGAGAUAUUAAAAAUAAUGCACUUUUUGUCUACGGGAGCCUUGAGAGGCGAGUAAGAAGAUAAAAAAAAGUCUUGUGAUAUAAAUUGUUAACGUCGUAAAGGGACAGUGUGUAGGAUAUAGUGCCAUCUAGUGGUGAGUCUGCAGAUUGCAACCAACUGAACACCCCUCUGCCCACAGCUUCCUGUUCCAAGACUGAAGCUUUGUUUGUUUGUUUUUACUGAGAGCUUCAUGUCGACAGCGUGCGACCUCCAAAUAUGUCAAAAGAGCCAGAGUUUGGUUUUUGUCCUUUCUGGGCUCCUGUAGCAACAUGGUGGACUCUGUGAAGAGGACCGGCUCCCUUUGUAGGUAUAAAGGACUCAUUUUAAACUGAAGAAAACACAACAAUUCUUAGUUUCAUGUGAUUAUCUACUAAUAAAAACGUAGUCAUGAAUAUUAUACUUAAUUUUAAUUGAUACACGCUGGCCCUUUAAGAACAGGAUCCUUUAUUUUCAGGUAAAAUAUAUUUUAUGUUAGCAAGUUAAAUAGAACUCAGCUGGACGUAAACAUGAAUGCUUUUAGGUUCAUUUAGAACGCUUCAGUCUCAUGUGGCCGCAAUGAGAAUUACAACAACAACAAAACAUCACCUGGUUAAAAAAACUAUUCAUUAAAUGAUAAAGUUUGUCCUUUUAAAAGCUGUUUUUAAAACUGUUUGAAUCACAUUUAGAAAAUGCAUCUCCAGAAGGUUUCUCUUUCUCACUGGCCUCUCUGGGCUUCCGUACUUUUUUUAUUUUUUUAGUGUUCGGAAGAAAAAUCAUUUCUUUCGAUUCAAGCGUCUCGUGUGAUUUGGGACAAAGUGUCCUGAUGGACUUCUGGACUUUAGAGCUGAAAGACGCCUCGUAGAGGAUCAAUAAAAGGAAAACCAGCUCUCUGUGCAGAGGUGCAUUAUGGGACAGAAGACCGGAACAGGAGGACUGAACCUGGACCAUCAGGACUGAGAACCAGCAGGAUCAGGAGACUCUGGAUCUCACAUUCAGGAUUUGUUUCUCUGUGAAGUUUAGAAUCACAGAAAAAAAAGAAAAAAGAGAGUUUUACAUUUUUAUUGUUGCACAAGAUAAAAUUAAAUAAAGUUUUAAUUAAAGGUACUACGAUGAUCUGAGAUGAUCUUUAACGCCGUGAUUAUACUUCAAGCUCUUUAGUGUGAUGAGGUUUAUUAUAUAUAUAUUGUAUGUAUAUAUAUAUAUAUAUAUACAUACAAUAUGUAUGUGGGAUGAAUAUUACUUCUAUUUGGUGGUAAAAUAAGAGUUUUACUUCAUAAUAUUCUUGUUGAUUUAGAAAUAAAAGGCUACAGAUUGAGAUUAAACGUCAUAUUUUAAUAGUUUAUUCUGUGUUUUUAUGUUUGAACUCAUAAACAAAUAACACAAUAUUUAAUUUACUGCUGAUCAUUUUUUCAAAAAGCGUGCACCAGUUCUUCUUUUAUUGAUUAUUGAUGAUUUUCUAGAUUUAGUUUUUAUCUGCUGUGUUAGAGCAGCAUCACUGGUGCGUUCAGGGACGUAAAUUUCACAUUUAAUUUUCAGUCACAUGAAAGUGCAGCAGGUUAAAGUUAGACCCGAACCCAUGGUAACACUUCCUGUCAACUCCUUCAAAGUAAAAGGCUGUAGUUACAUGCUCUGACCACCGGAUGGCAGCGUUCACACUUUUAUUUUUCAGCUGUCUCCUGUAAAUGUAAAUGUGUUUGAAAUGAAUCAACUUUAAUGAGAAUAAAACCGAUCAGAUCAC